GGUCUAAUAAUAUUUUCCCAAAAAUCCCUCUCUUGUUUUUUUUUUUUCCCACUCCUCCAAGUCGCGAUUGAAAUCGAGAGUUUCAUUACUGUUCUUCCAGUUCAAGCUCAAUUCAACUGUUUCUUCUUCUUCUUCUCAAGGGAAAUUCGAGGGACCCAAAUGCCAACGAGUCAGCAUCAUGUCGUUAGAACAGACGUUUCGGAGUUAAAAUCUCAGAUUGAGAAGAAGAUUGGUCGGGUCAAAACUGAGACUUACCUUAAUCUCUUGUCGAAGUUCUUGACUUUGAAGAUCAGCAAAUCUGAUUUCGAUAAGCUUAUCGUUGCGACGGUUAAGAAGGAGAAUGUAAGUCUACACAACGCGUUGCUCAGAGGGAUUCUUAGGAAUGUUUGUUUGUCAAAGACACCUCCUUCGAUAAAGAAUGGUAUAGAGAAGAAGAAGAAGCCAUUGAAUGGUUUCCAAUCUUUGUGCAAAGACCUUCCGAAAUCGCCUCGUAAAGGAAGGACUCAACGGAGGUUUAAAGAUGGUAAUAAAGUUAUUAUUAGCAAAGGGAAGAGUCAGAUCACUGAGGUUGUUUCCUCUAGUGGUAGGCAACAGUACUACUGGUCUUUGGAAGAUGGUGAAGAAGUUGACCAAUUGGUUCGAUGUUGGAGAAGUCAACCUAUUGAACCUCCUCUUGGUGCUAAUUUUAGGGAUGCGGUUAAGAAACAACAUCGUAUAGGGACUUGUUGUUACUCCUCUGGUGAGCUUCCUGACUCUGUUUCUUUAAAGAAGAAACUCGAGGAUGGCUUGGGAAUAAUGGAGGAAGGAUUAGAGGUUUCGGUCGGGUUUUCUAACUUGUUAAACGCAGGGCUCGAUGUUUUCUUGAAGAGGUUGAUCAAACCGUGUCUUGAGUUAGCAGCUUCAAGGUCUAGAAGUAGCCAAGGAGAAGUAUACUCUUCAGCAUUUUCUCUAGUAGAUCUUCAAGUAGCCAUGGAGUUAAACCCAUCACUACUCGGGGAAGAUUGGCCUGCAAAGCUCGAGAAGAUCCGGUUUGUCAAACCAGAUUUGCCUGCAGAUUCAGACUGGCUACUAACACUAUAACUAGAUAGAUGUGAUUCUUCCAUUACAGAUUUUGUGUUUUUGAACAUCUUUAUUAGAUUAUGUGAAUAUAUAUGUCUUGGUUUUGUGUUUAUUUGUUGUAUGCUUAGGUUGGAAUUUUUAAUAAGAUAAUAUUA